CAAUCAGAUGAAGUGACGUCAGCACUAGUCCAAGGACCCACCGGCUUUCAUGUUGAUGUUGAGUCUGGAGCAGUCAUGACUAACUUCAUCCUGGGUUUGGACGUGGGAACCACAUCCGUGAAAGCCGUCUUAUUGGCCACGGACUCCAGAACCGUGAGCGUCAGCCACGCGUUACCGACUGCUGCCGACAUCAGCGACGACGGCGGGAUAAAGGCGAAAGAGCAGGACACCGGCCGGAUCAUAGACGCCGUGAACCGCUGCGUGGACGAGCUGCCCACGGACAAAUUGCGGCGCGUGUGCGGGAUCGGGCUGUCCGGACAGAUGCACGGAGUUCUACUGUGGAGGGCGAAGAGCGGCUGUGAUUGGUCAGGUGGGGACUUCUUCAUUCCCAGAGACACGAGUCAGCUGAUCACAUGGCAGGAUGGACGCUGCAACAGCGACUUCCUCCGUUCUCUUCCAAAACCAGACUCGCACCUGAACACUGCCACAGGAUUUGGCUGUGCAACUCUCUUCUGGCUCAUGAAACACCGACCUGAGUUUCUGGAGGGCUUCACGGUGGCAGGCACCAUCCAGGACUACGUGGCGUCUAUGCUGUGCGGUUUGGACGGGUGUGUGAUGACGCCUCAGAAUGCCGCCAGCUGGGGUUUCUUCAACACUUCCACCAAUCAGUGGAAUGAAAGCAUUUUAAAGGCCGCCGGCUUUCCUCUGCACCUGCUUCCUCAGUGUGCGCCAUCUGGUGGCUUGGCAGGGCAAACGCGGUCUGUCUGGCACAGCAUCCCUGCCGGUACACCAGUAGGGGCUGCUCUGGGAGACUUCCAGUGCUCCGUCUACUCCUGCAUGAGUGCGCCUACAGAUGCAGUUCUCAAUAUAAGCACUUCUGCUCAGCUGACCUUCGCCAUGCCAGCUGGCUUCAGACCUCCUGAUUCUCCAGAUUCAACCUCCUCCAUCUCCUACUUCCCGUACUUCGACUCCUCAUAUCUGGCCGUGGCAGCGUCGCUCAAUGGGGGAAACGUACUGGCCACUUUUGUGGGGAUGUUAACCUCUUGGAUGAGAGAACUUGGUGCAGAUCUGAGCGAGUCAUGCUUGUAUGAAAAGCUGAUUCAUUCUGCCUUGAACCAGGAAAGCAGUGACCUGAGAGUGAUUCCUACCGUCCUGGGAGAGAGACAUGACCCUGGGAGCUUGGGUCAGGUGACCUACAUCUCCACCAACAAUCUCUCCCUGGGUCAUGUGACCAGAGCGCUUUGCCAUGGAGUCCUGAGCAACCUCGCCUCCAUGAUGCCUGCAGAGCUCCUUCAAAACGCUGGCGUCAGCAGAAUUGUUGGCAGCGGCAGUGCACUAGCACGCAACCAAGUGUUCAGGCAGGAAGUGGAGAGGGCGUUUCCUUUUCAAGUGGUGUACGGCAAGAACGCGGAUUCUGCUGUGGGUGUGGCCAUGGUCCUCAGUGACCGGCUAUGAUCCACUAUUAGAAUGUAGGAUUCAGGAUUCCUGCAUGUUCUGAAAUCUUUAAGGACUAUUUUUGGAAUAACGUCUUCUUGUGCCUACAGUCGUGCACACUGCUUCACUUUAGCGUUGGAAAGUACAACAGAUUGUUGAAGCAACAGUUUAGAACAAACUGUAACGUUUUUUAACAGUAUUAUUGUAACUUUAAUCAAAAUGAAGCAACAUAUCAAGGUUGUUGCAAUAAUAAAUAGCUCCAAGCUGCAAAAUCUUACAGAUUUGCCUUUUAAUUGAAAUAACAGAUUUUUUUUUUCAUUGCGUGGAAGAAGAGGGUAAAUAAAAUACUCUUAAACUUAUUUUCUGAUGUACACUUUUCCAGAAGUACCUGGAGAACUAAACUGUGAUGACUGAGAGCAGAUUACUGUAUUUUUCUUUGGGUGUAUACCUUGCCCUGGAGUAUAAGUCCCAGGAGCCAAAAAUACAUAAAGGGGGGGAAUAAAUCAUAUAUGUCGCACUUUUGGGAGAGUUUUUUUUUUUUUUUUAAAUACAAGAAAAGAACAUUUCAUCUUGAAAGACAAUUUAUAAUAACAGAAAUAAUAAUAGACUGAACAUUUACAUGCUUCACUAUUUUAACAGACUGAUGCUUAUUUAGCUUCAUGAAACACAGGAGGAAUCUAUUAUAUUAGCAUAAGUAAAUAUAUAUAUAUUUUUAAUCACAUACUAGUUGCACCUCUGGCUGAACUAUGCAAAAAACUGAGUUAUACUCAGAAAAAUACAUAAAGGAAAGAUCUCAGCUCUGUUGUGGAAAUCUGAAUUGUUUGGUGAUUAGUUUACAUUCAGUCCCACUGGAGGUUUUUUUUUACUAUGAUGAUCAUUCAAAGCUGGUGAGCUUAGAUCAUUUUCUUUCUGCACAACACAAGUGCUCUUCAGAUGAAGGCUGCGGGUGGCUGAACAGAGACAGUUAUUCACAGGAUUUUUAGACAGAAUGUAGUUUUUUUUACAGUAGACUGUACAGGAUCUGAAGCCUCAAAUUAAUGUCACAACCAUCGCAAUGUUUGACAUUUUUUCACUUCUUUUUGUCAUUAACGCUGUGAGAGUUUUACUCCAGAUGUAACAGGACAUACCAUCCUAACAGUUUUUCUUUUGUUUUACAUGACCUCAAUAUUAUUAUCCUAAAGUGCCUUCCUCUGAAUACAUACAGAAGUCAUAACAUCCCACCAUGAACGCUGACCUGCAGGCAUGCAGUUCCUAGGGUCUUUUUGAUCUCUCCUGCUGUGGUUUAAUCCUGUUCCAAUGUUCUUUCAUUGAAAAUAAUGACUCUCACUGUGGUUCACUGUUGUACCAAAUGCAGUUUUUUAUUUGCUGCUGAAUAUAUGAAGAUCACAGUAUGAUGUGUUUUUUGCUUCCUUUUGUCACACAGCCAUUUAGCUGCAGGUCUGCAUGGUGUUUAGGCUCUAUUGUGCCAAAUUAAAUUAAUCUCAGCAACUUU